AUGAAACGUUCCCGGCCCAUUAUACGGAAGGAAUCCCUCUGGUCCCGGUUACAAACAUAUCCAUUUGACUUCUUUCUCUAUGUGAAUGAGACGGUAUCGUCAACACCUUGGGAUGACUAUGCAGAAACCAUUGGUAUACCAGCAGGAUACUCGUUGUCUGCAUUGUACAUCAUUAUGAUGAAGGUAGGAGGCUACUAUAGGUCAUCUAACAGGAGAAGAGCAAACCCACUAUUCCAGACGAAUCAAUUCGACUACGAGAGAAUCAAAAGCAGGGCCACCGAUACGAGAUCCUCUUCGCUUACGUUGUCGUACUAUUCAGGGAUCUUACAACACCUUUUGAGUGGUUUAACGGUGGUUUUGUUUGUGUUUUCCGUUGUAAACGCAGCCUACUUGCUUACCAGCCACAAGAACUAUACACUUUUGUUUUCAAACAUCGACAGCAAGCCCAAGACGUCAUCUGCUCAUAAGAUUACCUUGACUAACGACGAUACAGGCUCAACUUGGAAUAAAAUAGUGAAAAUGCUAUACAGUAGGGCGUCUAGAAAACACCCUAGAAGUACACCGGCGACAUUAACUGCUAGUAAUGGCGAGGAAGAGGAUGACUCGGAAAUCCAAUACUCUGAUUCAGACUUUGAUGAAACAACCAUGGAUGAGAUAAACUUAAUUGAGAAGGAAAUCUGGGAACUUUCAGUGUGGACUCCUUCAAAAUUCAGACUCUCCUUGGGUUCCACUUUCUCCCCCUUGCUAUUGACUAUUGUGUACCUCUUAGUUGACGAUUUGACCACCUGGAAAUUGUUAUUUAUCGGAGCAUGUGUGAGCGGGAGCUUACACUUCCUCAUGCUCAAGUUUCUUUGCCUUAUCCAAGACAAGCAAAUAUUGUACCAAGAGAUGUUCGAAGAGUAUAAUAGCAAGUUUGUAAAGCCUAAGAUGUCGGUACUCAAGAAAGACGUUAACAUUGAUGCCACUUUCGGACCCGACGCACCUUCAGUCCUCACUGUGAAAACUGAUCAGAAAGGACAUCUAGUAACCGCUAAGCUGAAAGUAUUCAUAACGCAUGACAUUGAGGGGAAAGCAUACAAUAACUUGUCCAUUGCGCAAAGAAGGAAAAUCACUCCAAGGGGCGAUGUUACCACAACUACCACAGUCGAAGGUGCCGCAGAUACAACUGCCCAGCCAUUGGCAAAUUCGUCUUAUAUUCUACCAGAUUCAUUUAAUACGUCUAGACAUCCGUACCAACCGCUGCAACAUCAACAUCAGCAACAACCACCACUACAAUAUUCGCAACAACAACAAUACCAGCCAGGCGUUACAGCACCCAAGCGCCAAGCAUAUUCCAGACCACUCGAGUCACCAUUUAAAUCCCCAGACAAAAGAGACACCUAUUACGGACAGCAGCUGUCUACACCAUAUUCGAGGCAGCAUCAGGUCGCACCCCACACUACCGGUGGCCAGAGAAGAACUCAAAAUGAAUACCUUUCAUACGACAGAAGUUAUCCUAAUAUAAGAAGCUCCAUAUCGUCUUCUCCAAGCAGAUCCAGGCUCGACUCAAGGGGAAGGGACUUCCAAUCUCCAAAACCUAGGCCACCUCCAGCUAGAUCUUUGCUGAAGACUCCAGUUCCCCUUCGCAGAUCCCACAUCACAUCAAGGUCGCCCAGCCCUACAAAGAGAUUUUAG